AUGAGAGUGAGGAAUGAGUAUAAUGAGAUCAUUAAAGCUAAAGACGAGCUUAAUAGAGUUCUUACAGAGGAAAAAGACUUCUUUCGGAACGAACUUUGUGAACUGAGACCAUUCGACCUUUUCACUAGACACGUUCAUCGUGAUGCAUUCCAUCACCUGAGCUUGCGAAACGAGAACGAAAUCCCUGACACCAUUACAAAGUCAACGGCGAAUGGAACUGCAAGCAGUUGCUGUGAAAACGUCUUUAAUAUAGCGGAUAACAGGGAACUGUUGACUCUGCUGCGGAAACAAGAAGAAAUCAUGUUAGGAUCGUUUGAGAGAGAAAAAGCUGCGAUGUCAGAUAGGUUUCAGCAGGAGAAAGUCUCUUUGCGCAAAGUCGUAGAAGACGAAUGUGAAUCGAAGUACUCUUUUGAGCGAGCUUAUCUGCUGCAGAGCAUUGAAGUCCUCAAAGAAGGUCUUGAAAGUUUGAGAAUUCAAAAACAUGAACUUGCCAAAAUUUUCGAAGGGAAAAAAAAUGCCAUGGAGCUCAGCUUUAAACGAAAGGAAGAUGAACUGCGGCAGCAAUUGAAACUAGAACUUCAGCGGAAAUUGAUUCUUGCUCAAAAACAAUGGGCCCGCACUAAAAUUUAA